AUGAUCUACUCCCUAGUCUUCGACGUCGGGACAUUGAUAGACUCAGUUGAUCAGGAAUCAAUGAGUAAAUACGUUUUGACACUACCUGGCCCUGACAACUCCAUGUUUGUGCGCAUCUCAAAUCGAUACAGAAGACGACUCGGUGGUUUUACAAGUAAAAUCAGGGAGUUUAUACGGAAACCAGGUCGUAGAUCCUAUGAGAGAGUCGAAAAGAGGUACAUAGACCUUGAAAUUCUGGCACAAGCAGCCCAUGAAUACAUCAAAGUAGAACUUUUUAUACCACGAGAAGAUGACCCUGGAGAGGGAACGAGCAGUCAGGCUGAAGGUACAGUUUUAGGGAGUAGAAUUUGGGAAGACGGUGGAACUGGCCCACGAUUCCUUUCAACGCUCUACAGCAUAAAGACUGAAAUGCUCCCAUACUUUUCAAUCGGCGUGAUCAAAUAUGGUGGAUACAUUUUGGAAGACGAUACCGAGAACCUAUUGGAAAAGGAUGUGCUCUGGGAAGGCAGAGCCGGUGCUCCGAGAAUUACUGUUACUGCUCUCUACAGCGAUGGAAUCGAGACAAAAACGAUCCACUGGUUUAAAUACGGAACAUGGUACUCUUACAGGGAGAGAGUAUCACAAUGCAAGGUUAUGAGAUAG